CGAGCAAUGAAAUCUAAAGAAGGAAGCGCCCAAUCACAGGGUUUUCCCUUUCCCUCUCUCCUCCUCCUCGUCUUCUUCCCUUCUCCUUCGGUGGUCCGAAACUACGCAGACCAAGGACCGAGUCGUGAAGAAUAGUUGAGACGAGGGGGCUUUCUGCGAGGAAACAGAAUACAAAGACGAGAGCUUGGUUGAUCAUGGCGGGGGGAAGACAGCAGCUGACGGCGAAGCACGCGGCGCACCGCCUCUUCACGCCGACCGCCGCCGGGUUCGACGCGGACGAGUUCGAGGAGUCCGACGUCUGGGGAAGCCCCAUCGAGCCGCGCCUGGCCGAGUUCCCGAAGCCGGCGCCUUCCUCCCGGCCUUCUUCCGCGCGCUGCAAGAAGGCAGAUCGCGCCGUCGCCGAUGCCGCUGCCGCCGCCUCCUUGCCGGUGAACAUACCGGACUGGUCCAAGAUACUCGGCAGCUACUACGGCGGCGGUAGCAGCAACAGCGCCAGGGGCUGGUGGGAGGAGGAGGGCGAGGAGGGCGGCGCUGGGGGGCCGAUGAUCCCGCCGCACGAGCUGCUGUGGCGGAGCCGUGCGGCGUCGUUCUCUGUCCACGAGGGGGUCGGCUGCACCCUCAAGGGCCGCGACCUCAGGCGCGUUCGCAAUGCCAUCUGGGAGAAGACUGGGUUCCAGGACUGACACCUUCGAUCGAUCAUCCAUCACCAUUUAGCGGAACGCAAAGAGACAGACUGCAAAUGAGGCCGUUUUUGCCACCAAAAAGCCAUCUUUUUUCCUUCUCUUAUAUGUAUAUCUGCAAGGAUAUAUGGAUUUGUGCUCAUAUAUUCUUUCCUUUUCCCCUUCUUGGUUGAAGUUUUAUAGCGUACGUAUUUAACUUUCUGAAGCCAUGGAUUGUAACUUGGAGUGCCCAAUUUAAUGCCAAAGUUCAAAUCAAUGUCAUGGAAACAGAGUAAAGCGUGUCUGUUCCUCCA